AUUCUAUAGAUGUAUAUGUAUUUAUGUAUAGAUAUAUUUAGUCUAUGUUGUAAGCUUCUCGAAAGGAUGUUGUGAAUUUGUGCUUCAAAUGAUUUAAAUAAAUCCCAGCGUAUUUUGAAAGGAGCUCUGCCUUUUAUUCUGGUUUUGCAGCAUAAGGCAAAAUGCUGCGCUUCCUCAGCCGGAGAGGCCGCUCAUCGAGCCAGAACAGAAAUAAACAAGGUCAGAAAACACCUACAAAUAAAAACUUGAUACAAUGUAAAGUAAUUUUACUAGAUGAUACCGACUUGUCUAUUAACUUGUCCAAGAAAGCCAGCGCUGUGGAUCUAUAUGAGCAAGUAUUUUAUUCACUUGACUUAAUUGAAAAAGAUUACUUUGGUUUGCAAUUUACUGACACGAACAAUGUAAAACACUGGCUGGAUCCAACAAAAACCAUAAAGAAGCAAGUUAAAAUUGGCCCACCAUACACCUUAAGACUUAAGGUUAAGUUCUAUUCAUCAGAGCCAAAUAACUUGAGAGAGGAACUUACUAGGUAUCAAUUCUUUUUACAACUGAAGAAGGAUAUCCUGGAGAGUAAACUAGAAUGCCCUCACUCAACGGCUGUGGAGUUGGCCGCUCUUGCUCUGCAAUCAGAGCUCGGGGACUUUGAUGAAGCACUGCACACCCCUGCCACCGUCUCAGAAUUCAGGUUUGUACCCAAUCAAACGGAAGAGAUGGAGAUUGAAAUAUUAGAAGAGUACAAAAAAUGCAAAAGCUUGACACCAGCUCAAGCUGAAGUCAACUAUUUGAACAAAGCCAAGUGGCUAGAAAUGUAUGGUGUCGACAUGCAUAUAGUCCUUGGUAAAGACGGGUGUGAAUAUCACCUUGGUCUCACCCCAACUGGAAUUCUUGUCUUUGAAGGCCCUCAGAAAAUUGGUCUGUUUUUCUGGCCUAAAAUAAGUAAACUCGACUUCAAGAAGAAGAAACUCACUCUUGUUGUAGUUGAGGAUGAUGACCAAGGUCGCGAACAGGAGCACACUUUCGUGUUCCGCCUCCAUAAUGAAAAGGCUUGUAAACACCUGUGGAAGUGUGCAGUCGAGCACCACACAUUCUUCCGCUUACGAGCACCAGUCAAAGGCCCAUCAGCGCGACAGAACUUCUUUAGAAUGGGAUCGCGUUUCCAGUACUCAGGGAAAACAGAGUAUCAAACAACUCAGCAGAAUCGUGCGCGUCGCACUGUUCAGUUUGAGAGACGGCCCAGUCAAAGGUUUGCUCGUAGGCAAAGUCACGUUCUAAGGGAAAGAGAAAAACAGACCACUCCAAAAACAGAGGCUUCAGUUUCUAACGAAGGAACAGAUGAAGUACCCAGUGUAUCCACUGAAUUAGCAAGCUUAAUGCCUGACUCCAACCAGGGCACACUUUCUAGAAAGAGUAGUGCUAAGUCACAGAAGUCUUCUCUUCUUGACGCAGACAUGAAACUAGCUGAAGUUGGCGAGCCAUCAACUAAGAAUCUCAUGGAUGAAGAGCCACCGAAAGAAGUCCUGGUCUCGAAAGAAGAUUCUAUAAGCAACAAAGUUUUGUUCAAGGUAGAGAAACCUGUGAUAGAGGAAAAGAAGAAUAAUCUUACCCAACUGGUUAUCAACAAACCAACUUGCAAUUGCUCUCCAGCGACACCUGUGUCAGACUCUAAUCCUCUUAAUGAUCUCUUAAUGAGUUUGGUUAAGGAGAAACUAAAUAAUGAUGAUUCUAAAAACGAAGUGAAGAGAGAUCAAUUAGACUCGGCGGGAGACAAGGAGUUUAACAACCAAGCUAAAUGUUAUUUAACAUCUACGAAGGCUCUGCCACUCGGACAGCUUAAAUGCAAUAACAUACUGAAAGCUCGUGAGAAUGAAGUUAAAAUUAUAAACGAAACAACUAAUAUUAACUUAUCGGUGCAGCCUUCACCAUCCCCAAAGAUUUUAAAUGAGCCUGUUGGUCAGUCUUCUCAGAAUAAUUCUCAGUAUGUGUCAAUAGUUGUGGUGGAGCCUCCUCAGUCUCAAGCUAAGGUAGCGUCUCCGAAACCAGCUCCGAGGAAAGAGGAAGUCACUCCUAAGGUUCAACCGAUAUCAUCACUGUCUCCCUGGCUAGUGACAUCGGAGCCUAGUUCUCCAUCCGGGAUUGGGGAGAAAGAUAUCACUAUAAUCCAUCGUAAGUCUGUGAUCACUACACAGUUAUAGUUUACUUACUAACGUAUAAACUAUAAAUAAUAGUGGUAAUAUAUAAUUCAGAAUGAAAUCUGUUGAUUUCAGUAUCUUGAAGUAUUUGUUGUUAAGAAGAGAAUUAUGAUUGUGCCUUAAAAAUAUUGAAUAACUGUUUUGGUAAAAUAUGUACUUAACUACUUACGACAAACCCCCUAUUAAUUAUAUAUGUUAAAAUCGCCUUAAAAUAAGGUUAAGCUGGUACCAUCAUGGUACAAAUAUAAAAUCAUUUCGCUUUUUAAGUUUCGAAGGAAACCCAAAGCGAGACUGAUAAUUUAAUAUUGUGUCGAAUUGAAUAAUUCGGAUUUACAAUGCCUUAUAUAAAAUGCAGUAGUUUCAUUAAGACUGAGUUUUAAAAUGAUGACAACAUUCCGUAGCUACCUAUUUAAUAUUGUGAUAUAAAUGGAAUUUUACCGUCCUAUUGAAGCAUGUUUAUGAAUAUACAUUGUUUGUAUUAAUAACAAUAGAAUUUUAGUACAAGUGAAUGUCAGUAUUAACAAAUAUAACCGUCGAUUUUGUGUAAUUAGGGGUGCCAUAAUUUUCUCACCUCUCGCAGUUAACUAUCAUACUAAAAAAUAACCGAAAUGAUUAAUGAAUCACUAGACUUAUAUAGACCGUGAUUACCUUUUGUAUUAUUUUGUCAAUAUAAGUCUAGUGAAACUAACCGUGAAUCAUUCAAAACUCUAAUGAUUAAUGAAUGUAAACUUAUUUUAAAUUUUGGUAUGACUAAUACAAUAAACUUAUAAUGAAAUAUGAGUAAAUUAUACAUUUUACGUUAUAAUAAUGAAUUUCAGUAAGGAGGUUUAAAAAAAAGCUUUUCUAAAUUGGUAUCUAUAUUUAAUUAUUCUGAAUUAUGUACUUAAAAUAGUUUAAACAUGAUUUGUAUAAUAAUAUUUGUGAAUAACGCUGCUGCCUUAUGGAAAAUACUGUAACUACGUACAGAUAUUUGACCCUGUGUGUCAACAGGUACAGUCGAGUUCAUAAAUAUGUAUACAUUUCUUUACCAUAAUCCAUUGCAAUAAGGUGAAAAAAUUUAUACAUGUAUAUGAACUCGACUGUAACAAUACAUCUGCUAUACAGUGAAAAGAUUGAAGGAGAAAGAACAAGCCACAUUGCUUAUGAGAUUUCAAAGCAAACCGACCCUUUUUCAUUUGCUCUCGGGUGUAAUUUCAAUAAUUAAAUUUAAAUUAUAUAUUAUAAACUGUAUGUUCUCUAAGGCGGCAGAAUACGGGUGCUGUGUUUAUUUUAUCAAAUAUAUUUGUCGAUAUGUUUAUUACAAAUUAAUAGUGCCAAUAAUCAUUGUAUCAAGGUGCUUGGGAACAAUUAUUGACUAAUUAUAUAAGUUAAGCAAUUUUAAAUAAGACUAAGUAUAAUCGAAUAUUUUAAAAUGUAAUCAAAUACUCUAUCUGCUUCUAUUUUAAAA